CUGCUGGGUCUGUGGCUAGCUCACACCUCUUGUCUGUUCCAGGAGCCUGGCCUUGCCGGGCAUACCCGAGCCCUGCUGGGGAGCACCGUGUGAAGGAAGGCCAGGAGCUAACUGCACCCCCAGAGUGGCGUGUUCCCCCCGGCGGCCCUUGGAGCUGCCCCGGAGCUCAGCCCAGGAUGGCCAUGCAGAACCUCUUGCAGCCGGAGUACCAGCCGGAGCCAGUGCCUCCCGCGGGCAGCUUGCCCGGCCUGACCAGCAUGGUGCACUCCUUCCUGGGCCUGGUACAGCCAAAUGCCUUCCCAGCCGAACUCCUCACCAACUUGAUCCAGCAGAAAAAUGACAUUAUGGACCCUGCCGUGUACAAAGAGGUGCUGGUUUAUGAGGUGGGUUUCCUGGUCUGCACAGCCAUCGGCCUCCUCUUCAUCGUCCUCAUGCCCCUGGUCGGCUUUUGCUUCUGCUGCUGCCGCUGCUGUGGGAACUGCGGGGGGACGAUGUACCAGAAACAGAGCAAGCGCACGGGCUGCCAGCGCAGGGCGCUCUUCCUCUCGGUGCUGCUGGUCACCACCCUCCUCCUGGCUGGGAAUGUCUGCGCUUUCAUCAGUAACGACCGCGUCUCCCGCGCCGUGAACGGCAGCUUCGGUGCCCUCAACACCACGUUGGACAACCUGGGCAUCUUCGUCCGCUCCAUCCCCCAGCAGGUGGAUAUAAUCAUUGACAACAGCAAUGUGCCGGUGAGCCAGGCCAACCACAGCCUCCAGGACAUCGGGCCCAUCCUGGGCAGUAGGAUCAUCUCCGCGGUGGGAGAGGAGACGUACGGGGCGCUGGGCUCUGCCAUGCGCCUGCUCGAAGUGACGGACCUGGUGGAGCAGGAGCUCCGAGCCGUGAACGAGUCGGGCCAGCGCCUGCAGCAGCUGCAGGGGGAGCUGACCCAGAACCUCAGCAGCCUGCAGGAACAGAUUAACCGGACCCUGCAGAGCUGUGGCCGCCCCUGCUCCCAGGUGUCCGUCAGCGGCCUGGCCCCCGAGGCCGACUUCAGCAUGGUCCCGGACGUGAGCAGCCAGCUGGAACUGCUGAGUAACCUGACCAGUGCCAACCUGAGCGCUGUCCUGCAGCAGGCCAACGAGACGCUGAACGAGACCCCCAGGAGGGUAGAGGAGCAGGCGCAGAAGGUGGUGGCAGAUGCGCAGAGCCAGCUGGCUGAGGUCAGGCGGAAGAUUGGCGGGGUGCGGAGUGAGAUCCCGGUGCUGGACACGCUGGGGAACGUCACUGCCACGCUGGACAGCAUCGCCAAGCAGGCCAGUGACUACGAGCCGCAGGUCACCACCUACGACGGCUACAGGUGGAUCGUGGGCAUCUGUCUCUGCUGCCUGGUGCUGCUGAUUGUCCUGUGCUACCUGCUGGCCCUGGCGCUGGGGGCCCUCGGGCUGAAGCCGUCGGUGCUGCCCAUUGAGCGCAGCUGCCUCUCCAACUCCGGCGGAGACUUCUUCAUGGCGGGGGUUGGCUUCAGCUUCCUCUUCUCCUGGCUGCUGAUGCUGCUGGUGCUGGUGACCUUCCUGCUGGGUGGCAAUGUCUACACGCUCGUCUGCCAGCCCUGGCACAGAGGGCAGCUCCUGCAGUUCCUGGAGACCUCGGAACUGACUGCGAGCUUCAACCUGUCGAAGAUGCUGGGGCUGCAGGGCGGGACGGUGUCCCUCUCCGGAGUGUACAACAAUUGCCGGCGCAACGAGCCCCUGUGGCGCACCCUGCAGCUGGGCCAGGCCGUUCCCUUGGACGAACUGCUGAACAUCAGUCAGUACACUGGCGAGAUCAACGCGGCCUUCGACCGGCUGAACAUCAGCCUGGACCCCGUCACCUUCCUGAGCCAGAGCCAGAAGCAGAUGCUCCGGGACGUCGGCGCCUCCGGCCUGCAGCCCAACUUCACCGGCGCCCUGCAGCAGCUGGAGAGGAACGUGACCCAGCAGGACCUGCUGGCGCUCGCGGAGCAGCUGGAGGCGCUGGCCAAUGUGACUGACAACGCGACCAGGAAGCAGGAGCUGCAGGAGGAGGCGUCUGAGCUGCGACAGAUCAAUGGGCAGAUAGGGUCCCGCUUCCCGCCGGAGACGCAAGCCCUGAAACGCAGCAUCCAAACCCUGCAGGCGACGACCCCCCAGGUCCCGGCGCGGAUCAAUGACACCCUGCAGCAGAUCGAGGAUGCUCAGAACUUCCUCGACACCAGGGUUUCGGAGAGCAUCAAGAACGAGAGCCAGGCCUUUCUGAACAUGCUGCUGGGCUACUUCGAUUCCUACAUCGCUUGGGCCAAGAGCACACUGACAGGAGAGGUGGGGCGAUGCGAGCCCGUGGCCAAGACCAUGGAUGUGGCUGAGACUGUCAUCUGCAGUUACGUGGUGGAUUCCCUGAAUGGCUUCUGGUUCAGCCUGGGCUGGUGCACCAUGUUCCUACUCCCCGGCGUCAUCCUGGCCGUGCGGCUCGCCAAGUUCUACCGGCGCAUGAAGAUCGCUGACAUCUACGACAGCGACAGGGAAGCCCUGGAGAUGUCUCCGUCUGCGACGCUGUUUAAAAUCCCCCAGGUGGAGAUGAAGAAGUAGCAGGCGCCCCGCCUGCACCCAAACUGGCCCCGGCCUCAGGCCCCCGAGGGCUGCUCAAGGGGUCAUGGGGCGGCCACCCGCUGAUCUGAUUAGACACCUGGACUCCAUGGGCCGAACCAGCCAAUCUGCCGGGCCGGCUCCACCAAGCCCCGCCUCCCCCCGCACCCGCGGGAAUCCAUUGCUCAGCCAAUCACAAGACUUCCCUGGGUGGGAGCCAUCCUGCCUCCUGCCCCCAUGGCUAUGUUGUGGUACAUAGACCCUGCACUGCACCGCAAACCCGGAGCCGAUCGGCUGGGAGAGAAGGGGGGAAGAACCAGCAGCCCCUCUCCCUACAAUCACCAUGGGGGUUUGCUGUGGGUCUAACACAAAGGAUGGGAAUCCCGCUAUGGGGCAGGACCCACCAUGGCUCCUCGGCCCCUUCCCCCGGCCCAGCCUCCCUCCCUGGGGGCAGGCAGUGUUUGGCCGCGUGGCUCUUGCCGCAGGGAUGGUCCUGGUGCUGCUGCUGGCUUGUCCUGCCCUCCUUGGGGUCCGGGGGUCCUGAUUUCCUGCCCCAUGCUGCUCAAUGCCAGCAGCAGCGCUGUCCAUCGCUCACUGUGUGGGGCUGGCUCCCCCCUAGGCGCCUGGGUCCUUGUGGGCAUGGCUGGGGUAGGGUGAUGGUUCCCAGAGGCCUCCCCCACCCAGCCCCAGGCGUGCGUUGGGAACGGCUCUUGGCAUGCCUCGUUGCGAUGGAGCAGCUGGGCACUGUCCGGCCCCACAGCACCAAGGGGCUGGGCCAGGGCAGGUGGCUGGGCGCAGGGGGUGGAGGGGACGGGGUACCCAAGCUCGAAGCAGUGGGAGGGUGGUGUCAAUACACCCCCCAUGCCGGAGGUGCCCUGCAUGACAGCUGCGUGAUGAGCCAUUUCACCCGCCCCAGCCUUCACCCACCAUGUCACAGCCCUGGCCGAGAGGUGUCAUGUGUGGGCCGCGCCCUAGAUACAUGUGGGGUGGGCGCCUGUCUGUGCCCCCGAACGCCCAUGUGCCGACAGCAGCCUGCCUCUGGCCGUGCCCCAGACCAGCAGGCCUCGGAGUCCCACCCCUGUCCCCGGAGCACAGUGGACUGAGCGGCCGCCAGCCAGGCAUUGCUGGGGUGGGCACUGGCUCCAAGUGGGGCCUCUGGAGGCAAACGCAGGACGUCCCGGCAGCAAUUAGCAGCCCCCGCUGUGCUCCGGGAGGGCCCCGCUUUGCGGCUGGGGAGCAGAGCUCUCCCAGGGGCCCGGCAGGACUCGCCCCGGGCUGGGUGCCCUGCGAUUAGGGGAUGGCCCCGCAGCCUCCUGCCUGCCCGUGAAAGGAGUCCCUGGCUCUGUGCCCAUGCCCUGGUCGGCGUGGCACGGGGGAGGCGGGUUUAUUUUUGUACGAAGGGGAGUCGCUGGCGGCGCUGGCUGACGCUGUGACGUGCUAUUGACCCAAUAAAGUGUGUGCCGCAGUCGG